UGCCAACUGUUACUUUGCGGCUGAUAAUUUAAAGACUUAUAUCCAUGUGGAGUAUAUGCUGACGGAUGUAUAAAUGCUGACAGAUUUAAUUUUGGAAAUACUGUUCUGAAUUUACGGUUCCUUCUUCCGAUUUUUGGCAACAGUAGUUACUGUGUAACUUCGCGUAACUCUUGGAGGGCUUAAAAGUGAAUUUUGGCAUUACUGCUCAUUGACGUGUCAGUCAAACGCAAAUGGCGGCCGAAAACAGUGAGAUUUCCGUCGUCGGGACGGAUUUUGAGAAAUUGAAGGUUUCUACCGGUGAAACAACGAAAAAUAAAGACGAUAGUAAAAACGCAAAAGUCUUUGAACCACACUUGUCGGGUUUUGAAACUCGUGAACUAUAUAAAAUUGCGCUUAACUUCUACAAAGAAAAAGAAGGAAAGGCUGUGCAUCUUUCGUAUGAAGACAAAUUGAAGUUAGUGGCAUUUACGCAGCAGGUAACUCAUGGUAAAUGUACACCAGAAAAUGCACCACCAUUGGGUGUAUUAGAUGUGAUAGGAAGAGAUCGUCGAAUGGCAUGGCAAAAUUUAGGAGAUAUUUCAAAGGAACAGGCGAUGGAAGGUUUUAUAGUCUUGUUAGACAAGCUAUGCCCUUUGUUUAAGACUGUAGUCGAAGCACAGAAAAGAGAUAUAGAAGAGAAAUUACGACUGAAGAAGGAAGAGGAAUUGAACAAAAUAGAAGAAGAGAAACGACUAAAAGAAUUAGAGGAGGCUCAAAAGAAAGAAGAGGAAGAGCAACUAAAACAGGAGAACCAAAGGAGACAAAUACAGCAAGCAUUGAAUCAACAAACCUAUUAUCAAUUCAAGGCUUAUGCCGAGCAACAAUAUCCUGGAAAUCCUGAGCAACAAGGUGUUCUUAUAAGACAAUUACAAGAGCAACACUACCACCAAUACAUGCAGCAAUUACAUCAAAAUCAAUUAGUCAUCGAGGAACAGGACAAUGAAAAGAAGGACAGCACACCAGAAAAUAUUAGCAAAGAUGAGGAAAAGAAUGAAGCUAUAGAAUCGACAGAAACAACGCCGUUAAACGAUGAAGAUUCUGACGAAGUACAACAUGACUGGCCACCAAUCUCCCCAGCAGAAAUGUGGACGAGGAAAGGUGUCGACGAGUUUAAGGAUACCAUCAGAAAAGAAGCUAGCGAUGCUGUCAUUAAAGUUGGUCAUGGUGAAACAGUGACAGUUCGAGUACCCACUCACGAAGAUGGUUCCUGUCUAUUUUGGGAAUUUGCCACAGAUGGAUAUGACAUUGGUUUCGGUGUGUACUUUGAAUGGUCCAAGCCGGAUACGAAUCAAGUAUCUGUGCACAUCAGCGAGUCUGAAGACGAGGACGAGGAUGAGGACGACUACGAAUCUCGAGAAGAUUUAGAAAGCGGAGCUGUCAAUGGCGGCGUCAAAUCCGAAUAUAAACCAACCACACCUCCUAUAAGUAUUAUAAUACCUGUGUUUAGGAGAGAUUCCCAGGAAGAGGUGUACGCUGGCAGUCACCAGUAUCCAGGGCAGGGGGUUUACCUACUCAAAUUCGACAAUUCGUAUUCGCUAUGGCGAAGCAAAACACUGUACUACAGGGUGUACUAUACGCGGCCCGACUUUACAAAGAAUAAUUAGUAUUAAUAAAUGUAUUAAUUAUACUCUGUAAAAUGAACGUCUGCUCGUUGGUAAAACUAGCAGUGUCUGCUAUACGCUAGUCCAAGAUGAAGGGAGAAAGACAGGAAAAACAAUAAGAUAAACGAAAACCCGCAUCUUAUCUUUUAUUUCACACACACAGCAAUGGUGUUCGCGUCGUGAUAAAGAAAACAAAAUAUAUUUAUUACAAUGGUGAAGACACUUUUUUUUAUUCCUCGAAAUCACGGCACAAGUACGACGAAGGUUUUAAGACAGUUUUUCUCACAUCGACAUUUAGAAAUGCGCCUAUGCGAUCUUCGCUCGUCCUGGCGACAUGUAAUAAAAUAAGCGAAGAUCACGUAGGACAUAAUUUAUAUUAUAUAAAUAAAUAUAAAUAUAUCGUCUAAAUAUGUAUAUGUGUUGAUAUAGUAUACAUAAAAUAUGGUUCUGGAUCAAAACUCUAUUUGGCUUUUGACCCAUUACCAUGCAGAUUGCAUUACUUAUUAUGUAUUACGUUCGUUAAACGGAUAUUUGUGUUUUUGAAAAAUAUAUCAAAUACAAAAUGAAAAA